CAGUUUAGCAAUUUUCGCACGUUCUCAUAUAUUUAUUACACCUUUAAAGCUGUAAAUAUCUUAAUAACACUGUUAUACAUUCCAGAGAAUUAUUUUAACCGCGUAUGAGGCUUUAAUGUCCGUGUAGUCGCUUAAAAUAAUUUGCCUCACUUAGCGUUGCGCUAGCGCUGCAAGCGCGGCCUACUGCAGCCUCGGGUUUUCCUGAUUAUCCGCAGCGGGAAAUAGACACCCGGGAGUGCGCGCGUUUGUGGCAUUGUUACUAUAUAAUUAGCUUAGUCUUGUCGCUCAAAUGCGCAAUACUCCACAUCAGGCAAGAAUCAAUCAAGUUGCGUUUAAAACUACUAUUACUAUUCUGCUUGUAAAGAAAUGUGUAUAAAUUAGUAUUAGGUAAACAAACAUGUUUAUUCUUUAUAACUGGAGAAAAGCACAUUACGUACUUUUUGUUAUUCGUCAUAUCGUUUGUCAAUAUUAUUAUCUGUCAUAACGAAUCCUGAUUUGUCAAAAGAGCGUUUCAUCACACGUAACGUAAAUCUCAUAACGUUACGUAAAACAACAAUAUUUACUCGUCGAUCUGUUAUCAUGUUACCUCUGAGGGAAAAACAUUUGAAGUUCCAGGUUUUACAUAAGUUAUGUGCAGCUAAUUUGAAUAGAGAUAUUCCCAUGGAUAUAGAUGACAGUUAUAUUCCCGUGUUUAUGAUUGCAGAUAUAAAUCCCGAAUACGACAAACUUGAGAUUGUUGUUGUAUUUUGUGUGUAAGUUACUGUUUGCUGAGCAUUUCAGAGAUCUAAACAUGACACUGUCGUAGUCCAAAGACAUUUUGAGCUUUACUCGAAGGACAUCCAUGCAUCCGUAGCACUUGUAAUGAACAACUUUUGGUCUUUUUGGCUUGCAUUUAUUUAACCGAGGAGCUAAUAAUCCACGAGGGUCAUCGCUUUGGUCCAAGCACGCCGUUAUUUCACCUGUCACUGGGCUGAUAAGCCCCAAAUCCAAGUGCUUAGCCAGCAAUGGGCGGGUGUAGUGAGACGGGACAUGCCCGGACAUGAUCACAGGGAGCCAGACAAGUCAGCAAAGAGCGAGCACCACCGCUAGGCGUCUGAAGCCAGUCACGCUUUGAGAUGUCAUGCCCAAACCCGCCCAGGACAUGAUGAUCGGUGCUGUGGAUUCUAGCCCUGACAUGCCUCUCUGGGUCUAUUUAAACCAUAGACCGGCUCUCAGCCGGCUCCCACUCCACACUAACCCAGAGCUCAAGCACUUUAUGUACAGGUAGCAGAGUAUAUAUAGAAGAUUCUUAGCUAGAAUAGCCAAUUUACCUCUAUUUGCACAGAUAACUACCAAAAUGGCAACAGAAAGUUGUUUAAGCAGUUCUCAGAUCAACAAGGUUGACAACGAAAAACUGGUAAGACCAAAAUUGCAGCUGAAAAGCCUGUUAGAUGAUGCAGGUGCAGAUAAAGAUGUUUUCACCAUGAAGGAGGUUAUGUUUUAUUUGGGGAAGUAUAUCAUGAGCAAGGAGUUAUAUGACAAGCAGCAGCAACACAUUGUUCACUGUGGAGAGGAUGCUCUUGGUGCCGUUCUAGGGGUGAAAAGUUUCUCGGUCAAAGAGCCCAGAGCCCUCUUUGCAAUGAUCAACAGAAACCUUGUAACAGUGAAAAAUCCAGAUACUCAUUCUACCUUCUCUGAACCCAGAAGUCAAAGUGAACCAGAUCGAGGGCCCGGGGACACUGAUUCAGACUCUCGCUCAUCUACCUCACAACAGCAGCGCAGGAGGAGGAGAAGCAGUGAUCCUGAGAGUACUUCAGCCGAAGACGAGCCCAGAGAACACAGAAAGAGGCACAAGUCAGACAGCUUCUCCCUGACAUUUGAUGACAGCCUGUCUUGGUGUGUGAUUGGCGGCCUGCACCGGGAGAGGGGGAACAGUGAGUCUUCGGACGCACAAAGCAACUCUGAUGUAGGUAUCUCUCACAGUGAGGGCAGUGAUGAAAGUGCGGACUCGGACGCUGACUCUGAUAACUUUAGUGUGGAGUUUGAGGUGGAGUCCAUAAACUCUGAUGCCUACAGUGAGAACGAUGAGGAUUCAUUGCCAGGAGAGAACGAGGUGUAUGAAGUCACAAUCUUUGCUGAGGAUGAAGAUUCGUUUGAUGAGGAUACCGAGAUAACUGAGGCAGACUACUGGAAGUGUGCCGAAUGUAACGAGCUCAACCCUCCUCUUCCUCGGCAUUGCAAAAGCUGCUGGAACGUCCGACCCGGUUGGCUUCCAGAAACGCACUCCAACAGUGAAAACACCUCCACUAACACUCAACCCAGCACAGAAGACACCAGCGUCAUCACAACUCCCAGCUCAGCCUCAGAUGACAAACUGCUUCCUUCCAAACCCUCAAGCCCUCUUCCAGAAACAGAUGAAGGAGUGGACGUACCCGACGGCAAAUGCUCACAAUCUCCCAUCGCCGCUAAAGACGAACUUCUCUCCUCCACUGCCUCCGGCUCUAUGACCGAAUCUCAGACCUUGUCAUCGCAGCCCUCAACCUCUUCUGGUGGGGGCAGCAGCCAGGAAGAGACCCCUGAGCUAGAGCGCUACAACAGCCUGGAGGCCUGCCUGCCCGCCACUUGCCUUGAGCCCUGCGUCAUCUGUCAAAGUCGCCCCAAGAACGGCUGCAUUGUCCAUGGAAGGACUGGACACCUUAUGGCUUGCUACACUUGCGCCAAGAAAUUAAAGAACCGGAACAAGUUGUGUCCGGUGUGCCGAGAGCCCAUUCAGUCAGUCGUGUUGACCUACGUGAGCUGAGGCACAGCAGAUAUACCUCCUCUCCUCUCACAUGAAGUUUAUGCUUCUGUUGCCUUGUCUUAUAGUUCUAAAACUUUUGAGUUCAAAUUCAAUAUUUGUAAUAUGUUUCUUAUUGAUUAAUUAAUAAAUUUUAUUUAUGACUUAACAAGCGAGGUUUUCGCUGACAUGCUGGGUAGAAAAUUCACAGAACUGUGUUUUAAGGGCUUGGAAUUAAAGCAACUACUUACAGACUUGCAGAGAUUCAGUAUACAUUGUAUCAAUUACUAGGAAUGUUUGUAAUAAUUUAAUUUAUGUAUAUGCAGAUGUAUAGGUUUCAUUUUAAUUUGAUUUAUUUGCCGCACUGAAACGUGUUCCUGAGUUGUAGCUGUUGAGACACCCCUUCAAUUUUGUUCCUCCUCUGGAAGGAAAUGCUCUUCUGCAGUUUUCUGCUGCAGUGACUGUCUUAUUUUCUCUGAGUGAGGCAUAAUAAAUGAUUAUUUUGAGGC